AGCUGUGUGAGAUAGGCGAUAAACAGGCGGUACUUUGCAGACAACACGCGGAUAUCACCUCAAUGUGGCAUCUCCAUGCGAAUCAUCCAUGUCCAUAUGGCUUGUGCAGUGGACUUGGUGUACACCGCUUCUGUGACCAAGUCAUUGAGGCCGAAGAGCAUGAUAACAGUGGCACGUUGACUGGUAGAUAUAAAACAGAGAGGUAGGUCCAAGUGAAAUGUGUUUGCCAGAAGAUCACUUGGAACCACAACAUGAGGUUGUCCUCAAGUCUUCUGUUUGUCAGUUCAAUCAUCUACGCCAAUGGCGUCUUAUCGGCUCCUAGUCCAGAUCCCAAGGCUGCUUGGGUUCGUCAGGGCAGAGCUAGGAAGGCUGCUUCAAAGAACGGAAGACGCUGGUUGAACGAAACAUCGACACCUCCAGCUGUGAGCUCGUGCUCGGGAAACAACUAUACCCGGAUUACAGCUCCUAAGGCCAACGUUUGGGGAGGUCUUACCGAUGUCGAAGCCGCUUCGGUGACCAAGUGGAUGUUCGCUCAGCCAGAGUUCAACCUCACCUUGAGCGAUGACGCUGGGGAGUGGGACAAUACUAUUCUCUUGGUCGAGCUCAUGCAUCCAAACAAAACGGACGUCUUGUACUAUCUGGACGGUGCGGGCCCGGCCCCACCUCGAUACGCACAUGUCGUCUUGGAUCAUCGAGCCUGUGAGGAUCCCUAUUACGAAGAUAUACUGGUUGGCCCUAUUGAUCCUUCUGGCGUCAACAAUGGCACAACCAGAUGGGAGCCUCUCGAGUACCCCUACACUCGCAAGACAGCCGGACGUGUACGUAAUCUUGAUGCCGACGCUGAUGACACUCUUUAUUCCCAAUGGAUAUACAAAAUCAGUGCUACCAUCUCCGACAUCACCCUCGAUCUGUGGGGUGGAACUGCUCUUGGUCACGACAACGACACGCUCUCCAUAUGGGGCAUCGACCCUCUCUGGCAAGAUGACGGACGGGUUAUUCGUUGGGAUGCUUUCUGGUCUAAUUCUGUUGACAACUUUGACACCCAAACUCUUCUGCCUCUAGGUCUAUACUUCAGAAGCGAUGUCACCGGCCGUGACCCUAGUCAGUGGAAAUUUGAAGGCUGGUACUAUAACGGCAUUUUCUACGACACCACCGAAGCAUUCAAAAAUGCAUACUACACGCCCGGGUUUGCUAAGCUCGAGGCUAACGUUGAGGGAGACUGGGCUCGAACAGAUCAGAAUGGGCCCGUCAUUCCACUCGAUACUACCCCUCCUCCCGUAUCUAUCGCACCUAGCGGUGCCAGAUUUUCAGUUGAUGUUGAGAAGAAAUGGGUCAAAUGGAUGGACUUUGAGUUCUUCGUUGGAUAUCAGCGUGACACUGGUCUCAGUCUGUGGGACAUUCGCUAUAAAGGCGAAAGAGUAUUGUACGAGUUAGGCCUCCAAGAGGCGCUGGCUCAUUACGCAGGACAGGAUCCUCUCCAAAGCGGCACUGCAUACCUAGACACGUACUAUGGUUUCGGACCAUAUGCAUUUCAAUUGGUAAAGGGUUAUGAUUGCCCGGCAUAUGCCACCUACCUCAACACCUCUUUCUACGUGGCAGAGACAACUCACACACAUCUUGAGAGUCUUUGUCUAUUCGAAUACACUGCCGACUAUCCUCUCCAACGACACAGCACCUCGAAUUACGUUAGUGCGACAAAGAACACCUACUUCACCAUCCGAUCUGUCAGCACUGUAGGAAACUACGACUACAUGUUUUCGUACUCCUUCUACAUGGAUGGUAGCAUCAAUGUUGAAGUCCGUGCUUCUGGAUAUAUUCAAAGUGCUUAUUACGCCAACAAUGACGAAUACGGCUACAAGAUCCACGACAAUCUCUCAGGCAGCAUGCACGAUCAUGUCUUGAACUUCAAAGCCGACUUCGACAUUUUGGGUACCAACAACACUGUUGCCGUAGUCAACCAGGUACCGAUUUCGACAACAUACCCCUGGUCCAACGGCAAAGCUCGAAACACCAUGAAACUUGAGAAGUCAUACAUCGAAUCCGAAGACCAAAGUCGCCUAUUCUGGGGCCCCAACAGCGCAACCCAAUACAGUGUCAUCAACAAGGACGCUGUAAAUCAGUACGGAGAAUACAAAGGCUACCGCAUCUCACCCUCUCUCGGCGCCAUCCACCUCACAGUAGAAGAAUCCAGUAAUCUGGCAAACGCAGCACGCUGGGCAACCCACGACCUCCAAAUUACAAGACAACACGACACUGAACCCCGCGCCGCCCACGCCUACAAUAACCAAGACGUGCACAACCCACCCAUAAACUUCAACACAUUUUUCAAUAGUGAAAACCUCACUCAAACCGAUCUCGUAUUGUGGUUAAAUCUGGGAAUGCACCAUAUCCCUCACACGGGCGAUCUACCAAAUACCGUCUUCUCCACCGCACACGCCGGACUCUCAUUUUCGCCCUUGAAUUAUCUGGAAGGUGAUCCUAGUCGGCAGACUGUUAAUCAAGUACGCAUUGACUAUGGAGAUGGCAAUGUCAGUGCUGUGGAGACUUUUGGACAAGAACAAGGUAGUGGUAGUUGUGCAGUCGAGUAUACACCCGUGGAAGCAGAUCUUUGGGAUUACAAGGGUGAUGUUGUUGUUAGGAAGUUUCCCUUUGAUCCUAAUGAGCCGUUUUAUGAGACUGAUAGUAUUGUGUAGAGAGAAGAAGAAGGGAAAGAGAGCCUUUGGGAGGAAAGGUGAUUCUGGUGGGAAAUUGUGGAUUGAAUGUUUUUUUUUUAUAUGGGAUGUUUGGUACUCUGUCGAUUGGUGGACUAUGCUGUAUGUCUAUGUCUGAUUGU